AUGUUAACGCUUUUUUCCAGCGGCGAUGAUGGAGACGGCCUGGAGAGCAAAACCGACGAAACGCAUUUCCCGAACGCGAGUGCGUUGCGUCAGUCACCGUUGCUUGAACAAUGCCCCCUCAAAAUCGCCCCGAAAUGCCCGCCCGCUUCUAAACGGUACCGCACCCACGAUGGCAGCUGCAACAACCUCGCGCGCCCCCGCUGGGGCUCCGCCAUGACGCCGGUGCAGCGGUUCCUGCAGCCCGCGUACUCCGACGGGAUACAGGCGCCCCGGCGCUCUAUAUUCGGCAGUAGGCUCCCCUCGGCGCGCGAGAUAAGCGCCCUCGUGCACGAGGACCAGAACGCGGAGAGCACGGGCAUCACCCACCUGCUGAUGCAGUGGGGCCAGCUGUUGGAUCACGACGUGACGUCAUCUUCUCAAUCCCGCGGCUUCAACGGAUCGGUGCCGAGAUGCUGCAAGGACGGCGGACGGGACCUCGUGCCGAAUGAGUUCAUGCACCCGGAGUGCCUGCCCAUAGUGGUCCCCGCCACGGACCCCUUCUACGGGCCGCGCGGCGUGCGUUGCCUCGACUUUGUGCGCUCCUCGCCGGCGCCUCGCGACGACUGCGCCCUCGGCUGGCGCGAGCAGUUCAACCUGGUCUCCGCGUACAUCGACGCGUCACCUCUGUACGGCAGCUCCGCUAGGCAGUCAGAUAAGUUGCGCCUGUUUCGAAACGGCAUGCUGCAGUACGGGCGCGUGCAGCAGCGGCGGCCCAUACUGCCAACAGAUCGGCGGGAUGAGCUGUGCCGCGGCGGCGCCGUGUCUACUGAGUGUUUCAAGUCUGGGGACGGCCGCGUCAAUGAGCACCCGGGGCUGGUGGCGGCGCACAUCGUGUGGCUGAGGCAGCACAACAGAAUGGCGCAAGAGCUUGCCCAUUUGAACCCCCACUGGAGCGACGAGAAGAUCUACCAGGAGACACGGAAGAUAGUCGGUGCCAUGUUCCAGCACAUCACCUACAGGGAGUUCCUGCCGAUUGUUUUAGGAUCAGAAGUGAUGCGCCUCUUCGAGUUGGACGUGCUGACGAAGGGCUACUACAGGGGCUACAACCCCAAGGUCAACCCGAGCCCCGCCAGCUCGUUCGGCUCCGCCGCCUUCCGCUUCGGCCACAGCCUGGUGCAGCCCACCAUGAUGCGCUACGACCGCUUCCACCGGCCCAUGCGGAACAACGUCUCCCUCCACGACGAGCUGACCAACCCGUCCAACAUCUGGAGCAUGGGCGCCGUGGAUCGACUGCUCAUCGGGAUGAUGAACCAGCCGAUACGGAAGCGCGACGAGUUCAUCACGGCGGAGCUCACCAACCACCUGUUCCAGACGCCCAGCUUCGACUUCGGCAUGGACUUGGCCGCGAUCAACAUACAGCGGGGCCGGGACCACGGGGUGCCGCCGUACACUUCGUGGCGGGAGCCCUGCGGCCUCUCAGCUAUUGGGGACUUCGAGGACCUCGUCCGCGUCAUGCCCAUGAGGGUCGUGAGGAAGCUGAAGAGCUUGUACAGGCAUGUGGAUGACAUCGACCUGUUCACCGGUGGGAUGGCAGAGAGGCCCGUCAUCGGCGGUUUGGUGGGGCCGACCUUCGCUUGCAUCAUCGCGCAGCAGUUCUCAAAUCUAAGAAAAGGCGAUCGGUUUUGGUAUGAAAAUGGGGGUUUCGAGUCAUCGUUCACUCCAGCUCAGCUUCAGCAGAUCCGCCGUCUAUCUUUAGCCCAAGUCCUCUGCCGGACCCUUGACACUAUCGACAGCGUCCAACCUUUCGUCUUCCUCUCACCAAAUAACCCUGACAACGAGAGAAUACCCUGCCACAACAGACUCCUCAACAACUUUGACUUAUCCCCCUGGGUCGAGAUCAAUUCCGACUCGAACGAUGACAUAAAGAAAUCUGACGAUCACACCACUACUCCCAAACCGAAAACUAAAAGACCCACUACCACAAACAGACCGACGACGACAAACAAAGGACAAAAACAAACAUUGACACACAAAAACCCACCGCUUAGUAAUAGACCGACAGCGACAAACUCGACUAAACCUCACAAAGCUAGUAACAGAUUCAAUAAUACAGAUUCACAAACAACCAAUAACUCGACCAUUGACAGACUGACAGUAGACUCGACGACUAGACCGAAAACGACUAAACAAGCGAUCGACGACAAACUAGACUUUAAAAACAAAAGCAGACGCUACAGCGACUUCGAAAGCAUACUAACCAGAUACCGAAAACCGACUACACACUACAACAGCUACGAUUACGACGACACGCAGAGCGUUCAGUCGUUAGUCGUGAACAACUUGCAACACAAGCGGCCCUACAACAGGCCCGUUAUAACUGUGACAGAAAACAUCGACAAAUACACUUACCUGAUCAACUACGUGCCGCGGCCGACGCAGUCCUGGCGACAGAGCACGCGAAAGACUCAGGACAGAGACGUCGUUAAAGUCACUUACCAGACAUACGACGACACUUACUACAGACGACCGAACAGACCUUACUAUUAUGACAACAGACGACCAAACAACCCGUACUACAACAGACACGACUCCGACUCCGACAGCAGCCCCUACAGCCGCGAGAGACCGAGCACGAAAGUGACUAACGACGCCAACUCAUCUGCCAGAUCCAGCGACUAUGACGUUAAUACCACCAGACGCGGAGCUGACACGGACAGAACUGACACUAGGGAGUCCACGACCCAUAACAUACAGAAACUGACGACUUUCAGCUACGUAGGCACGUACAGACGAGACAAUGAACAAGUGGCGACGACUAAACAUGACAAAAGCGACGCAACUAACAUAGACGUCUUAAAACAUGAAGUAGUCAGCAAGGACUUCACGACAUUCGAAGCCAAACCGCAGACCGUUCUAAAAGAUGAAUUGUUUAACACCGACAAAAUUUCCACUUUCUAUCUAUACGAGACCGCGACCAAACCUUACAAUCCGAACAGACCGACCAGACUCAACGACGAUGAACAGAUCACGAUGACCAAUAAACAUAAGUACUAUUACGUGAGAAACGUUCUGCACAAGUAUCCAGACCAACCUACUAUAGCAAAAAGGGGUACGGCUACAAACGGUGGUACCAUCGUAGAGACCGUUAACAACUUACGCGUUCCCAGUUUCGGAAUAGAGGAAAGGUCGACUGCGAACAAGGUGCAGUCUUUGGACGCGCCGAUACCGAAACCUGGGAACGCAGACAGACCUAGGUUGAACGUUAAAAAGCCCUCCAAUCCCGCCAAGACGCCUUCCGUCGCCUUCCAAAUAAUACCAAGUGAGAACAGUCCAUCACUGUGGGCAGUAUACGAAGAGAAUGCAGAUCUACCUGAAGGCUUACCCCACCGCAUGCCCACUCUCAAAGCUGAUCCUCACGCGCUGCGAGAAAUACCGAGGCCAAUGGACCUCUCUCGGCCCCUACGACGCCGGCCGGGAAGGUUC